AGAUUUCAACUUCAAAAUAAUUUCGAAAAUAAAGAUUUUCAAAUUUUAUGACAAAAUAUGUAAAAAAUUGCAAUUUAUACCUAGAACAAUUUUAUAAAUUUUUGACGCUGAGUCGAUAGAAAAAAGAACUCAAUUUCUCUAUAAUUUUUUUAGAAAAUUUUGUAGGACAUAAAUUUUUAUUGUUUAUGAGUUUGUUUAUCUAACCUAAGUCGGCUGAUCAGUGAUCGCAGUAAUAGCAACAACAAUUUUGACAUCAGAAUUUUAACAGUAGAUGACGUUUUGUUGUUUUAAUAAAAUAAUCGUAGAUCUAGAUAGUAAAAGUAAUUAGAAGAAUUACAGAAAAUUCUUCAAAAAAUUUCAGAAAAUUCUUUAAAAAAUUUCAAAGACAUUUUUAAACUUUAUCGAGGGCGCAUUUAACAUCCUUUUUAAAAAUUAAAUUUACAACAUUCACUUGAAUUAAUCGUGAAGACUGCACGAUUAGCACAGUUUUGCCGAGAUUUAAAUCCAUGGACAAGUUAAGAUCUGUUUUAAGUGGGCGGGAGAGCACACCGGAAGAAGAGAGUAAUAUUAUUACUCAAAUAAAUAAUGCAUCAACUUUAAGCUGGUCAACACGUAUUAAAGGAUUUUGUAUACUUUUUGUGCUUGGAAUAUUUCUUUCAUUUUUGGGCUCUUUAUCUUUAUUUUUAAAAUCGGGAUUCGUUACUUUUGGUGUAUUUUAUACUUUGGGGAACAUUACGAGCUUAUUGAGCACUUGUUUUCUGAUGGGGCCCGUUAAACAAUUUAAAAAAAUGCUCGCCCCAACUAGAUUAAUAGCUACAAUUGUGGUUUUUGUUAUGAUUGUGCUAACAUUGAUUGCUGCGAUAGUCAUUCAAAAAAAUGGAUUAGUGUUGUUAUUUAUUAUCAUUCAGUUUUUGGCAAUGACAUGGUAUUCUUUAUCAUACAUACCUUACGCACGUGAUGCUGUAAUUAAAACUUUUGAAACUUGCAUUGCAUAAAAAUGAAGCAUUUCAAAAAUAAAUUAAUAAAGUUGCCUUAAUAUCAUUCAUAUUUUUAUUAAUAGAGAACAAAAACAAAUUCAAUCUUGAAUUUAAGGAAAAACAAUUGCUCUGCUGAUAUUUUAAUAAUUAUACUUACAUAUAAGCUAUUGACUAUUAAGUGAAAAAUAUUUAUCAUUUUAAGAUUAUUUCAAAAAUUUAUCGUUAAAGAACAUAUCCAUUUUUAUAAUAAAAUUGUAUUAUUGUUAACAGAAUAAGUAAAAUACAAAUUUUGAGAUAUUUUUUUUUUGAAAAUAUUUGUACAUAAUUAUAUUAUAAAAGAUAUUUAAAUAUAUGUAUAAAUUGAAAAUAUAAAAGUCCGAUUUUAAAUUCUACAUUAUGAAUGUGUUAUA